AUGACACGUAAAAUAGCAGCUAAUUUGAAGCCGACACUUGAGUUUGUAAAAGAAGGUGACUACAUCACGAUGACAUCGGUAUCAACUUUCAAGACCUACGUGACGAAAUUUAAGAUCGGCGAGACUUUUGACGAGAAGACUGGAGAUGGA